AUGGCACCUGACGCGCUCCAGCUGCCACAUCCUCAAGGCGAGCCGGCACAAGCAGCGCUCCCGCGGCGCGCCGUGAGUCCAGGCUCGACGCGGACCGGCAUCGUCGUCUUUUCCGGCGGCAGCGCGGCCAACAACCUCGUCGACGUGUUCGAAAGCGUCCGUGCCGCCAACGGCACCUCGCUGAGCUACGUCAUUCCCAUCUCGGACAAUGGCGGCAGCACCAGUGAGAUCAUCCGCGUCUUUGGCGGUCCAGGCAUCGGCGAUGUGCGGUCGCGGCUGGUCCGGCUGAUCCCCGACGAUGGCAGCGCCGAGACGUCGGCCAUCAAGCACCUCUUCAACCACCGGCUGCCGAGGGACGCGGCCGCGGCGCGCAGCGAGUGGUUCGACCUCGUCGAGGCCGCGCACCCGCUGUGGCGUGCCAUCUCGUCGCCCAAGCGCGAGCUUAUCCGCUCGUACCUCAACAGCUUCAACCUCGAGGUGGUCAAGCGGAUGCGGCCGAGCAGCCGCUUCGACUUCUCGCGCGCCAGCAUCGGCAACCUGUUCCUCACCGGCGCUCGCCUCUUUACUGGUAGCUUCGAGGCUGCCAUCUACCUGCUGAGCUCGCUCUGCGCCGUGCCCGAGCGCGUGGCCGUGCUGCCGGCGCUCAACACCAACUUUGCGCACCACAUCGCCGCUGGCCUGGUCAACGGGGACGUGAUUACGGGCCAGAAUGACAUUUCCCACCCGAGCCUGCCGACGGCGGCGGUGCCGGGCGUUGGCAGGACGGGGUCGCACACGCCGGCGCCGUCCGACUAUGACACGGAGGACCAUGACAGAAUUGAGGACGCCAACUUGCCGGGCAGCUUGCCGGCGCUGCGACGACCGGCGAUUAACUUUUCAAAGGAGAUGGACGAGGACCUGCCGUCGCGGAUAGAGCGUAUAUGGUACAUUAAUCCGUACGGCCAGGAGAUCCGCAUCCCAGCAAAUCCGCGGGUGUUGGAGGCCAUCCACACGUCCGACACGGUCAUAUACAGCAUCGGCUCGCUCUUUACGUCUCUGAUCCCCAACCUGGUAUUGAAAGGCGUCGGCGAAGCCAUCGCCAGUCCCCUUGUUCGAAACAAAAUCCUGCUCCUCAACGGAACGCUGGACAGAGAGACUGGUCCGUCUACGGCGCCGUUUAGCGGAAUGGACUUUGUCUGCGCAAUCGCCAACGCGUGCGCAGACUCGCGCGGGCUGCCGCCACCAGAGGAGGAACAGUAUUCUCUGUACGUGAGCCACGUCAUUUAUCUGGAGAGCACGCUGUCGCCGGUCGUGGACAAGCAGCGGCUGGCACGUGCGGGCAUCGAGUCUACGAGACUGUACGGGCCCAAGGACGCGGCCGGGCUGGGCGGACGAUAUGACGCCAAAGCGCUGGCACAGGCUCUAGAGACGAUUGUCGGUCGGAAAAACGUACGGCUGGACCGGAGCAGGAGGAAUACACUCGUUGGGUAG